UGAUAGUUCUAUUGAACAAAUUGCAUAUUUUACAAAAAAUUUAACAGCACAACAUGUUCAAUUUUCAGCCAUUUCAGUAGAAUAUGCACCUACUGACCCAGAAGGCUAUACAAUUGUUUAUAACUUCAUUGAAAGUAAUAAUUAUGAUAAAGCAAAUAAUGAUCAAACUCAAAAAGUGAUGAAAGAUAAAGCACAUACUGUUUUUC